AUGAAGAUCCGAGCAAACACAACACUCAAGUUCCUCAAUAUGGGCUCACACAUUUUCUCUAGUACCCCGAGUAACAUAUCCACUCCGCCAUCUGAGCCGUGCACUCCAAAGAUGAAGAUUCUCUUCCUCUGCACUGCGCACAACUCCCUUUCACAACAGCUCUUCUUGCAUCUCAGUCAAACGCACUCCGUCUCUGUUGAAUAUGCCCUCUCCGACACAGCCAUGAUCGAGGCAGCAAGCCUCGUGCAGCCCGACAUCAUCAUCUGCCCAUUCUUGACUACAGCCGUCCCAAAUGAGGUCUACGAUAACUACCUCACUCUCAUCGUUCAUCCUGGACCACCAGGUGAUGCCGGCCCCAGUGCUCUUGACUGGGUGCUGAUGGGUGACGAUGGUAACGUGUCGGACUCUACCGAACUUCUCAAAUCACAGGCCUGGAGUCAGACCGGUCGCUCUCACUGGGGUGUCACAGUGCUACAAGCUGUCGCUGAGAUGGACGCCGGUCCAGUUUGGGCAUUUGAACAGUUCAAGAUUAACAUCGACGACUUGGGAACCACAAAGGCGACACUUUAUCGUGAUCGCGUCACGCAAGCUGCUGUCGCUGCAGUACUCGCUGCUCUUGACCGCAUUAUUUCGGCAGCCAACGGAUAUCCCGACCCAAACGUCGCGACGGCCUUGACCCGACACUCCCUACCGCAGAUACCUGACGUCUGCGGUGUAUCAGUGCAUCUCCAGCCAAACCCUUCGUACAAGUCUCACUCCGUAACAAAGCAAAAGCCUUUCCUCGGCGGACCAACACACUGCAGACCGCUCCUCCGGGCGGCAGACCGGAACUUCGACGUCAAGACGGAAUCAGCAAAGACCAUAUCCCGAAAGAUCAGGUCGUCCGACUCGCAGCCCGGUUGUCUGACUAAACUGUUCGGCAACGUCAAUCUCUAUGUCUACGGGGGCAUGAUCGAGGCUGGAAGGAGUGCGGACUGCGAACACCAGCCUGGUGAGAUCAUCGGAUGCAGAGACGACGCGGUCUGCGUCGCUACAUGCGAUGGUCGGGGCCUUUGGAUCACUCAUAUCAGACGACUCAAACGCAAGGUCGACGCGAUGCUCUGGCCGAAGGUGCCUGCUGUCUCUGGUCUUGUUGAGCUCGGCCUGAUUAACCACUGCACUUUGAACGACUCAACUUCACUGCGACCACUGAUCGGUUGGACCAAGGCCUCAUGGUCUACCUGUCAAGACACCUGGGUUGACUUUUCUCUCGUCGCAGGCAAACGGCGCGUCGCAUUUGUCUACUUUGAGUUCUACAACGGUGCCAUGAGUACCUCCAAAUGCUCCCGACUGAUUGAAGCCCUCGAGUAUGUCGCUUCUGUCGAGUCUCUCAAAGCUAUCGUGAUGAUGGGCGGCGAUUCUUACUUCAGCAACGGUAUCGCCCUCAAUGUUAUCGAGGCAAGUGCCGACCCUUCAGCCGAGUCGUGGCGAAACAUCAACCGCAUUGAUGACGUUGUGCACAUGCUUCUCGAAGUGUUUCCCCAGAAAAACGUGAUGACCAUCGCAGCGAUGAGGGGAAAUUGCGCUGCUGGUGGAGUGGCUCUCGCGACAGCUUGCGACGUGGUGAUCGCGAGCUCCCAGUCUGUUCUCAACCCUGCCUACAGAGCUCUGGGCCUGUAUGGUUCUGAGUAUCACUCUUUGUCCUACCCCGGGCGGUGCGGGCCAGAGGGCGCGAGGCGCAUUCUGCGGGACAUGCUCCCCAUCUCAGCCUAUCAGGCCAAAGACCUUGGUCUCGUUGACCAUGUCCUCCCAGGCUCGGGGUCCAGCCUAGACACUAACAUCAGAGACUACGUUGAGUUACUGACCUCCGAUCCUUACAAGCCUGGUAACUGGAAGUCCCGCGUCGAUGUCACUCCUUCUGGGCUCGCAACAGCAAGGGUCCAUGAACUUAGUGAGAUGGCCAAGGACUUUCGGAGCGCAAGAUCAGAACGAUAUACUUCACGACGACGAGAUUUUGUCCGCAAAGUCAAGCCCAACAGGACGCCUUUGCGCUUUGCUACCCAUCGAAGGCGGGACGGGCAACUUGAUGAGGAGGAAGCGGACUCAUUCGACGAUGUCGCUAGGUACGAAACCAGAGCUUUGCAGAAGAUCAUGGAGGAAAGGUCGCAGACGAAGAAUGUACCUCUGGCGACUGAAGAUGUCAAGUCUCACAAGGAUAGGGUCAUCAUCACGUCAGAACUGUUGGGGGGAACAAGAGGUGCUCAGGACGGGAAGGCCAUGUUGUUUCCUUGUUACUAUGAAGUUGAUACCCCAGUUUGUACAUAG